CAGGCAGUACUGCGGCAGGAAUUUACCGUGAAAUAUAAAUACAUACACGCUAAACAUAACAUUUAAAGUAGUAACAAACUCAAGAAGGCCAUUUUAAACGUGUUGUAUUUCGUACAUCAAGGUCUGUUCUGCAGUAAGCAGCAAAAUAGAAUUGUUCAAGAAAGAAGCAGCCCAUGAAACAGUGACCUAAAGCCGAAUAGAAGCCUGCGAGUUGCGGGCUGACAAAGUGAAAAUCAGGGUUCUUUUUUAGAGCACAAUGUCCACUCCAGCUAGAAGACGUCUUAUGAGGGACUUCAAACGACUUCAAGAAGAUCCCCCUGCUGGUGUCAGUGGAGCCCCUACAGAAAACAACAUUAUGCUUUGGAAUGCAGUUAUUUUUGGACCAGAAGAGACCCCUUUUGAGGAAGGUACAUUUAGAUUAACAAUGGAAUUUACUGAAGAAUACCCCAACAAGCCUCCAAUAGUGAAAUUUAUUUCCAAGAUGUUUCACCCAAACGUUUAUGCAGAUGGUGGAAUCUGUCUAGAUAUCCUGCAAAACAGGUGGAGCCCUACUUAUGAUGUAUCAUCAAUUUUGACAUCAAUUCAGUCUUUGCUGGACGAACCAAAUCCAAACAGCCCUGCAAACAGUUUAGCAGCUCAGCUUUAUCAGUACAAUAGAAGAGAAUAUGAGAAAAAAGUACAAGCCAUUGUAGAGCAAAGUUGGCAAAGUGCUUAGAACUGGCACUUUUGUGGAUCCAGGACUGCCUUCAUGGUCAGCUUGUGUAGCAGUGUUAGUUUGCAUUUUUCACCAAUCUUUUGCUUUAACUUAUGAAUAUGAGAUUUUCUGUGAGACAUUCACCCAUAGGGGACUUUGAUAAUGCCCCUUUUGAGUUCGGGAAAACCUCUCUCCUGUAAAAUAAAGUAAAGAAGUGUAUUCGUAACGUGUAUAUUAAACAUUUUGAGAAAAUAAUGCAAAUUUUAA